UUUGAGGGUCAGCCUCUUCUCUGGACUCUGCACUUGCAUGUGUGCAAAUAUCCUCAGCUGCUGAAAUUCAGACACAGCCAGAGCAGGUGUCAUCACAGUCGCACACAGAAGAGUUAUCAUGACCAAUUUUGACGACAUCUUGGAGGAGGCCGGUAAAUUCGGCAGGUUUCAGAAGCGCAUCUUUGCCCUGCUAUGUAUGGCGUCCAUGCCGUUUGCUGGUGUGUAUGUGGGUGUUGUGUUCCAGGGCUUCACUCCAGACCACUGGUGCCGUGACCCUGGGUUGGAGCAGCUCAGAGAAAACUGCGGCUUGGCUCUAGAGAAGGCCCGCAGUCUCAUCCUGCCUUUAGUCAACAGCUCUGCUGGUGUGCUGCCCAGCCAGUGCCAGAGAUAUGAUGUGGACUGGAACUUCACCGACCUGACCUGUGAGAACCUGGACAGGGAUAUUACGGAGGCCCAGCAUGCUGCCUGGCCCAUAACUUCCUGCAAUAAUGGCUGGGAUUAUGACUAUGAGGGCAGAGAGUCCUUUGUCACUGAGUUUGAUCUGGUCUGUACUGAUUCCUGGUUGGUGGACGUCUUCCAAGCAAUACUUGGAGUGGGCUUCUUAGUGGGCAGCGUUUCCAUCGGAUUCUUAGCUGAUAAAUUUGGUAGAAAAGUGAGCUUCCUGGUGUCCAAUGUCCUGAAUGCACUUACAGGGAUUCUGGUGGCCAUAUCUCCAAACUACAUUUCUCUGGUGGUGUUCCGAGCUCUUCAAGGCUUUGGGGUUAAGGGAGGUUGGAUGGUGGCCUAUGUGCUGAUCACAGAGCUGGUGGGAGUGGAGUACAGGAGGGUGGUGGGGGUGCUCUUUCAGAUGGUCUUCAGCUGCGGCCUCAUUGUACUGGCCCUCAUCGCUUACCUCAUCCCUAACUGGCGCUGGCUCCAGGUGGCCUUCACACUACCCUACAUUAUCUUCGUGUCUUACUACUGGUUUGUUCCUGAGUCACCAAGAUGGCUUCUCUCUCAGAACAACUCCAGCAAAGCUGUAGAGAUCACUGAGGCAUUGGCCAAAGAGAAUAAGAAGACACUCUCCAAGAACAUUAAGACACUGAAGGAUGAUAACGCACACUCCGCUUCUGGCUCUUUCAUGGACUUAAUCAGAACUCCCAACAUAAGAAAGUACACCCUCAUUCUGAGCUUCAACUGGUUUACUAGUGCGGUGGUUUAUCAGGGCCUGAUCAUGCGUCUAGGAAUUCUGGGAGGAAAUGUCUACAUUGACUUCCUGAUCUCAGGAAUAGUGGAGUUCCCCGCAGCCUUCCUCAUCCUCUUCACCAUUGAACGCGUUGGCCGACGCCUUCCAUUUGCAACGGCCAACAUUGUGUCUGGAGCCGCCUGCCUAAUCACAGCUUUUAUUCCAGAGAGUUUGUUAUGGCUGAAAACAGUGAUGGCUUGUGUUGGCAGACUGGGCAUCACUAUGGCCUUUGAAAUGGUUGUGUUUGUGAACACUGAACUGUACCCAACCUUCAUCAGGAAUCUGGGUGUGUCUGUCUGCUCCACUCUGUGUGAUAUUGGAGGGAUUGUAGUUCCCUUCCUGCUUUACAGACUGGCUGUCAUCUGGCUGGAACUGCCACUCAUCAUUUUUGGUGUCCUGGCAGUCAUUGCUGGUGGACUGGUACUGCUGCUGCCUGAGACCAAAGGAGUGCCUCUACCAGAGACCAUUGAUGACAUUGAAUACCCAAACAGAAACAAAGAAGAUACAAAGACGAGUCACCAGCUGGAGAAUCUAUUGCCCUCAGAUGUGACAACUAACAAAGAGAAAGUGGUUGUCUGAGCUAAUUUAUUUUAUUCUGGGGAAUUUCAGCCACACCUACGUAGCUUAAUGUGCUGUGCACUCUCUUCAAAUCAGAGAAAAGGUUUUUGUAAAAUGGACCCAGUGAGGAGUUGCUGCAUAGGUAGGCUGCUCUUCAGUACUAUGGGUUAUCCAUAGAGUGGCUGCAGUGCUGUACCAUGCAUAAUUUCAAGGCACAAAGACUGAUGAGUGUUGCAUAAUAAACAGAAAUGUACUUUUUUGGUAAGUGUAAAAUUAAUUUUCAAUGUAACAUAAGAAAUAAGGAGAAAUUUUGCUUGUGUAACCAAUUCCCAUGUCACUAUAGGCUUUAGAUGGAGACUGUAGCCUGUAAUUUCUUUUUGAUGGGACUGUCCUUCCAACAAGGUCCAUUUAGAUGUUCUGCAUUCUCUGUUUUGUGUGUUACUUUGUUUUUUUGUUCUUUUAAUUUAUGUAUUCUGUGUUCUCUGUGGUUUUUCUUUUGUAGGUCAAAUAGCGUAUUUUGUAAUGAAUGAUUGGAAUAAAACUUUGACCUAUUUGUUGUGAUUAUUGUGAUUAAAUAAGCACUCCAGAGCCUAAA